UCUCUGAACAAACACAUGAUUUGUAGAUCAGAGCUAGACUAGUUUCAGGUUUGAGAAAGUGAAACUAACACAGUCGCUGUUACUGAGAGGUGAAAUGGCAGAGAGAGAUCAGCUGGAUCGAGAAACCUUCUCUUGUUCCAUCUGUCUGGAUCUACUGAAGGAUCCGGUGGCUAUUCCCUGUGGACACAGCUACUGCAUGAACUGUAUUAAAACCCACUGGGAUGGAGAGGAUCAGAAGGGAGUCUACAGCUGCCCUCAAUGUAGGAAAAUUUUCAUACCAAGACCUGUCCUGGAGAAAAACACCAUGUUAGCAGCUUUAGUGGAGCAGCUGAAGAAGACUGGACUCCAAGCUGCUCAUGCUGAUCACUGCUAUGCUGGACCUGAAGAUGUGGCCUGUGAUUUCUGCUCUGGGAGAAAACUGAAAGCCAUCAAGUCCUGUUUAGUCUGUCUGGCCUCUUACUGUGAGAAACACCUUCAGCCUCAUUAUGAAUCACCUACAUUCAAGAAACACAAGCUGGUGGAGCCCUCCAAGAACCUCCAGGAGAACAUCUGCUCUCAUCAUGAUGAGGUGAUGAAGAUGUUCUGUCGUACUGAUCAGAAGUGUAUCUGUUAUCUCUGCUCCAUGGGUGAACAUAAAGGCCACGACACAGUCUCAGCUGCAGCAGAAAGGACUGAGAGGCAGAGAGAGCUGGAGGUGAGUCGACAAGAAAUCCAGCAGAGAAUCCAGGACAGAGAGAAAGAUGUGAAGCUGCUUCAACAGGAGGUGGAGGCCAUCAAUCACUCUGCUGAUAAAACAGUGGAGGACAGUGAGAAGAUCUUCACUGAGCUGAUCCGUCUCAUCCAGAAAAGAAGCUCUGAUGUGAAGCAGCAGAUCAGAUCCCAGCAGGAAACUGAAGUGAGUGGAGUCAAAGAGCUUCAGGAGAAGCUGGAGCAGGAGAUCACUGAGCUGAAGAGGAAAGACGCUGAGCUGAAGCAGCUCUCACACACAGAGGAUCACAUCCAGUUUCUACACAACUACCCCUCACUGUCAGCACUCAGUGAGUCUACACACUCAUCCAGCAUCAAUAUCCGUCCUCUGAGAUACUUUGAGGAUGUGACAGCAGCUGUGUCAGAGCUCAGAGAUAAACUACAGGACAUUCUGACAGACAGAUGGACAAACAUCUCACUGACAGUCACUGAUGUGGAUGUUUUACUGCCACAACCAGAACCAAAGAGCAGAGCUGGAUUCUUAAAAUAUUCAUGUGAAAUCACAUUGGAUCCAAACACAGCACACACACUGCUGUUACUGUCAGAGGGAAACAGAAAGGUGACAAGAAUGGAUCAACAUCAGUCUUAUUCUAGUCAUCCAGACAGAUUCACUAAAUACUGGCAGGUUCUGAGUAGAAAGAGUCUGAUUGGACGUUGUUACUGGGAGGUGGAAAUGAAAGGAGAUGUGUAUGUAGCAGUCGUGUACAAGAAUAUCAGCAGAGCAGGAGAUGAAAGUGGAUUUGGAUUUAAUUACAAAUCUUGGGCAUUAUAUUGUUACCAAAACAGUUCUACAUUUUCCUACAACAACAUCAGUACCUCCAUCUCAAUUCCUCGGUCCUCCAGAGUAGGAGUGUACCUGGAUCACAGAGCAUGUAUUCUGUCCUUCUACAGCGUCUCUGAAACCAUGACUCUCCUCCAAAGAGUCCAGACCACAUUCACUCAGCCGCUCUAUGCUGGAGUUGGGUUUGGAGGUCUAUUUUCAUACCUUGUUGGAACAAGUGCUGAGAUCUGUGAACUGAAACAGACAGGAUCAUCUUAAAUUAUGUUUAAUCUUUUUUUCUCUCUUCUUUUGGUUUUAUUUUACCUAGAUGUAACAUGUACUAUUCAAAGAAUGUUUAUUUCAUGCACAUUUUUAAUUGUCAUGUUGAUUUUUGCCCUAAUUAAUCUGUGUUAGCUGCAUGGGGGUGUGGCGUUUAGCACUGCAGCCUCACAGCAACAAUGUUGGUGCAGUUUGCAUAUUAUUCAGUGUAUGCAUGGGUUCUCUCCAGGUACUCUGGCUUCCUCCCACCAUCCAAAGACAUAUUUGGUUAACUGGUUGCUCUAAAUUCUCUCUAGAAGUGAGAGUGAGUGGUUGUUUGUCUCUCUGUGUUGGUCCUGUGAUGGACUGGUGACCUAUCCAGCAAAUAUCCUGUCUCUCUUCUGAUAAUUGCCAAGACAGUCUCCAGCUUCCCCGCAAUGAAUUGGACAAAGUUGUAUAGAAAAUGAAUGAAUAAAUGAUUUAUGUAAAAGUCAUUUUCUACUUGCAAUUACUUUUAGUUGUUCUAGAGAUCAGAUGUUGUUGUUUUUCUUAACCAAGAAACAAACAAGGUAAUGAUGAUGUUCAGAAAGGCUCAUUUCCAGGAUCAGAAUAAAUGAGAUCAUUCAUCAUGUUCAAUGUCAGAACAAAGUCAUGUUUUCCAAACAAAUAAACUUUGAAAGAAUGAACAAA